AUGUCAUCGUCGGACUCCGAGACCCGUUUGACACCCUGUGCCCAACACUUCAAAAGUCCUUUACACUCAAUCCAUUCACCCGUCAUAUUCUCAUACAGGGGUAGCACCUGGUCGUCAAUCAUCGGCCACCGGACUAUACGACACCUACUGGUGCUCACGAGGUCCUUUACACUCGAUCUGUUUGCCCGACAUAUUCACAUACAGGGGCAGCACCUGGUCAUCAAUAAUAGGCCACCGGACUAUACGACAAGAUAUCUGAGAGGCCAAUCCCAAUAG